CCUGUGUUGGCUCAAGACGGAUCAUCAUGUUCACGUGACCAGGUACAGACGGAAGAUAAUGCGGUGCGCCAAAUUCCGAAUGUGAACUUCCGGGAACGAUCGGCUUCUGUCUGACGGACAUGGCUGCCUCGUGGGUGCUCAGGAGAUGGUGCUCCACCUCUGUAGCAGAAGCAGGAGCAGCACCCGCCAAUGGCACCCGAUGGGAGAGGUUGAAAAAUAGCAAAUUGGGUGUGUGGUUUAGCGGCAUGUCCAGAGACUACAAGGAGGCGUGUCGUGAGAUUGUGGUGGGCGCGUGGGAGAGGCCAAUCAAAGCUUCCAUCUACCUGAGCCUUCUGGGUGGAGCCGGCACCUGCAUCUACACAAACCCCGACGACGCCUCCUUCGAGACCACCAUCCUGGAUACAGCCAAUCAUCUCGGGCUCCUGACGCCAUGGAUACGCAGUGGAACAUCGGAUGGGCACGUGCAGAAGCUGGCGAAGCUUCGUAACGAGGGAAGGUUACGUCACCUCAGCCUGGGAGUGGUCUCACUCACCUACUUCGCCGAUUACAACCCGGACGCCAGUCUUUACGAGGCCCAGUGCUCCAACCUCUCUAUCCCCUGGAGGGAGCUCCACACGCGGGUACUGGACAUUGGCUUCGCGGGUCGCUGGUGGAUCCUGGACCAUAAGAUGAAGGACUAUGAUGUGAACGAUGAAGAGUUCAAGCACCUGCCGCCUGCUAUGGCCGCCACAGUGCCCCCUGGUGUCCAGGGGGUGCAGAAUAACGAGAGGCUGCACAAAGAGUCAUGGAUGCCUCUGAAGACGGAGGAGAAUGAGGAGAAGGAAAAGGCAUCGGCAGCCGUAGGGGAGGAGGGGGGCAUUGUAGAACAGAUAAAGAUGGAUAGUUUAGAUCUUGUAGAAACAAUAAAAAUAAAGAUGGGCAUUGUUGCUCAACCACAGGAGCUACCUGACCCAGAACCACAGGAGCUACCUGACCCAGAACCACAGGAGCUACCUGACCCAGAACCACAGGAGCUGACGCUGACAGAGACGGAGACACAGGAGUAGCAGACACAAGCUCAAGCAAAGGCCUAAUGGACUCAAACAUAAUGAGAUGGCUGAACAAGAAUCUCUGAAAGGACAUAUUUAUUGGAUGUUGACAAGAUGGUAUGUGUGUAUAAGAGUACCUUCUGCACUGUUUAACGUGUUAUAUAGCGCCCAAGCCUAUUAACACUCUGGACUAUAGACAUGCCAUGAUGUUAAAUAAAUUACUGUUAACAGUUUACUAAUGAUACUAAUGAUACUUAUUUGGUAUUUAGUGCUCUAUACUGAGAUAUGAUAAUUGAUGCCAUGGUCAGCAACAUGUUAAAGAGAUUCUCUAAACGGCCACUACAAAACUUGAUAUUCUCUGGCCCUUUUGAAUUAGUUUUAGCCAGUAGUUCUGAAAGUAGCGCUCACGAGCUAAAAGUGGUCACAUGUUCACCAUGUCAUUGCUCUCGCUCUGCUGUGUGCAUCUUGUUAGCUGUCACUAAAAUAGUGAGGGGCUGAAGCUCAAUAGCUAGAACUAUAAUUGUUAGGGGGCUGGCCCAUGUGGGGGAAAAUGUAGGAAAAUGGCGAAGCACAGCUUCCAGGAAAACAGUUGCUUUCAAACUAGGGAUUUCGUGGUUAAUUGAGGUGAAACAGUAAUUCUGCUCAUAGAUUAUGCCUGUAUGAACUACACAUUGACACAUCCAGCCCAAAGUGGGAGGUUUAAAACAUACUUAGAAGUCACCAAAGUUCCGGAGCACGUCUUUAACAAUACAAUAAACCUCCUCUAAAUGGUCUGGAUUUAUUAAUUAUUGUCAAAUUAAAGUACUAUUGUAAGAA